AUGAAUUCAACUUUACUUGAACAAUUUCUUGGUCCAUCAUCAACUCGUUUUCAAUUGCCAACAUUGAUUGAAGAGGAAAAUGAUGAACUCUAUCCAUUAGUUAAUAUUAAAUUUAGUCGAUUAAAUCGAACGAGAAAAUUAUUACUAGCUCGUGCAAAAUCAUCAACAGUAAAAUCUCGACGUGAUUCGGAUGGUGGAACAGUACCUCGAGCAAGACCAAGUGGUAGUAUUCCAACACGAACAACUGUUGGUAGUGCAAAUUCAGCAGCAACAGAAAUAAAUAAAACUUCUUCGGCUACCAAUCAUCGUUCACGUUCAUCAUCGGGUAUACCACGUCCACACUUAUCUAUAUCAACAACAGGAGCUGCUGCAAGUGGAGCAGUUGAUGAAGCAAUAUUCGAAGAUGCAUUCAAUGCAACAUCUGAUAUUAUGCUUUCAUCGGGUAAAGAUGUUGAAAAUCAAUUGUUAAAUAUUCGGGAUAUACUUGCUGAUACUAAUAAUGAUUGGGAAAAACGUAUUGAAGCACUUAAAAGAAUACGAUCAAUAAUAUCCGGUGGUGGUGAUCAAUAUGACGAAUUUUUUCGUAGUCUUCGUCAACUUGAUUUAGCUUUAGCAACAACUGUAAAAGAUUUACGUUCACAAAUAGUUCGUGAAGCUUGUAUUACAUUAGCAUUUAUGUCUGUUCGUUUAACAAAUCGUUUUGAACGUACAGCUGAAGGAAUAAUACCAGCUAUGGUUAAUCUUAUGCAAAAUAGUGCUAAAAUUAUUGCAACAAGUGGAAGUGUUGCUAUGCGUUAUAUUGUUACUAAUACACAAUCAAGUAAACUUGCUUCACUUAUAUUAGCUGGCAUUGAAUCAAAAUCUAAAGAUAUUCGAAGACAUACAUAUGAAUUAUUAGCAAUAAUGCUUUCAAAAUGGGAUUUUAUUUAUUUGGAAAAACAUGGUCAAUUAAUUCAUGAUGUUAUAAAAAAAGGUUUAUCUGAUGCUGAUGCUGAUGCAAGACUAUAUGCGAGAAAAGCAUUUGGAUAUUUUCGUGAACAUUUUUCUCAAUUAGCUGAUGCACUUCUUAUUACACUUGAUUCAUCAAAAAAGAAAGCAUUAAUGGGUGAAAUGAGUAAUGCAUCAAGUACACAAUCAUUAGCAAGUGUAGGUAGUUCAAGAAUACGCAGUACAAAAGACACACCAAGACAAACUCGAACAGGAACUAAUGACAAACAAAGCUCAUCGGGUAAUUUAGCUCGAUCAUCAAGUGCUAAUGAACUUGCAUUACGUAAAAAAAAUGCAUCAUCAACAACAUUAAGCAAUCGUUCUGAAGUUCUUGCUCAAUCACCAAAUACUAAAAAUGCUUCUUCAAUAACACCAACAUCUCUGCAUACUACUGUAUCUCAACCGGGUAGUCGUUCGACGUCACCUAAUUCAUUGAAAGCAUCUCAUAAUUUAUCAUCAUCAUUACGUACAUCAACUAAUACUCGUUCACGAAUACCAAUAGGUUCAAAUGGAGGUUCACGAAUGUCAAGUCGAGAAUCAAGUCCAGGACGAGCGCGAUCAUAUGGAUAUCGAGGACCAGGCAGUGAUUAUGGUGAUCAUGCUAGUGGACGUCGUUUUAGUGGCUCAUUGCAUGGUGAUAGUGCUGAUGAUGCAUCAGAAACAUCAAGCAUAUGUUCAGAAAGAGCAUUUGAAGAUGUAGCUGAUAUUUUACGUCGAAUGUCUAGUAAUGAAUGGGCUGAACGAAAAGAAGGUCUUGUCAGUUUAUAUCAUACGGUUCGAUUAGGUCGUGCAUUCAGUCCUCCGGAAUUAAAACUUUUAACUGAAUUAUUAACAAAACGUUUUUAUGAUCCAAAUUCACAAGUAUUUGCAGCAUUCCUUGAUGUUUUACCAGAUUUUAUCAUAGCAUAUAAACGUGAAUUGAAUGAUUGGCUUUAUAUUUUACUCACUCGUUUAUUAAUUCGUUUGGGUUCACCUGAUAUACUUGAUUCGGUUUUUAAAAAAUUAAAACAAUGUUUAUCGAUUGUUAAUACAUCAUUUGAUGUUCAUGCACAAUUUAUUGUUCUUAUUCGUUUUAUUAAUGAUAAUUCUUCAGCACCAGCAAUUAAAGUUAAAGAAAUACUUUUACGUUAUUUACAACAAAUUAUACAACAUAUGGAACCUGUUGAUAUAACUAAUAAUACAGAUAUUCGAAUAACUUUAUCAAAAAUUAUUAAUUGGUCAAGUGAACCAAAAAGUGUUGAAAUGAGAAAAGCUGCACAAGCUGUUAUUCUUGCACUACAUAAUCUUAAUCGACCAGAAUUUAAUAUAAUGCUUACUGCUUUAUCACAAAAUUGUCAAGAUGUUGCUGCAAAAGUCAUUCGAUCUGCUAAUGAUAUGCUUUCAUCCACUCACUCUCAACUAGACAAUAAAUAUGAUUUUUUUCAUAGACCAAGUUAUUCUGAUGUAACAUCUCCAAUGACAACAUCAAUGCAUUCAGAAAUUCAAAGUCCAUCUUAUGCAUCUGAUAUGCGUAUAUUAAUGGAAAAUAUGCAAGCAUUAAAUGUAAAUAAUCAUCAAGAUGAUUUAUUAUUAAUAAAUUCAACAUCAUUAAAAGAUAAAGAACAACGUUCAAUGAUUCCUAUUCGAAAUUAUUCAUCACAAUCUUAUCGUACAAAUUUAACACAAAGUCAUAUGACAGAAACAGCAGAUAGUAUUUAUGAUGCAUCUGAUCGUCCAGCAGCAAUUAAUAUAGCUCUUAAUGUGGCAAAUACAACAACAUUAUCAAAAGAACAACGACAACAUGCAUUACGUUGUGUAUUAAAAUUUGCAAAAUUAAAUGAUGCUGAAACAUGGGAUAUAGCAUUUAGUAAAACAUUAAAUACUUUAACACAAAUUCUUGAUAAUACAAAUGAUGAUGUUAUGUUUAAAGUUUAUAGUCUUCGUAUAAUACGUGAAUUAUUAACUCAUCAUACUUAUUUAUUUAUGAAUUAUAUUGAAUUAACUAUAUUUCGAAUAUUAAAAGCACAAAGUGAAAAUGAAAAUGAUAUAACUCGUGCAGCUGAACAAGCAGCUCAUGCUGCAGCUGAAUAUUUACCAGCUGAAAGUACUGUUCGUGUACUUAAACCAAUAAUCGAACAAGCAAAAUAUCCAAUGAAUCAAUCAGCUAUAACAAUGUUACAAAAGACAAUUGAAUUCAUGAAUAAAGAUAUAUGUCUUGAUUUAAUGCCUGAAAUGAUUCCACCACUUUUAACGUCUUGGGAUAAUGAAACAUCAAGUGUAAGAAAAGCCGCUGUUUUUUGCUUGGUGUCAAUUUACUUGGUUGUUGGUGAAGCACUUCGUACUCAUUUACAUAAACUAAGUGCAAGCAAGAUCAAAUUAUUAAAUGUUUAUAUUUCCAAAGCUCAACAACAAACAGCUACAAGCAAUACAGAAAAGUCAUCAACAACAAACGGAACUAAUAAUACAACUUCCUAA